UAAGUACGCUGAAAAAAAAAAAGGAAACCAUUUUCUUAUACGUUGAUUUUUAUCAUUCUUCACCUACUCGAGCUUCAGUUUCUAUCUACUACUCCGCCAUGGCUACUUCUUCUGCUUUCUCCACUCCUUUCGUUUUUCAGCAAAAAUCAAAUGUGGGUAACCUAAAAAUGGUUUCCCCUAUUAUUACAUCAUCAUCAGUUAAUUUUGCGGGGAAAAGAAGUUUGUUAUCAUCUAGUUGUUCUAGAUCUGCUUCCGGAGGACUUCAAAUCAAACAGAUUUCUAAUGUUACUACUCCAAUUGUUGGACAUAGGAGGAUGGUGUGUACUAAUGUUGUUGCAACAAAUUUACAAGCAGAAGUCACAACUAAGGUAUUCUUUGAUGUAGACAUUGGAGGAGAGCCAGCGGGUAGGAUUGUAAUGGGUUUGUUUGGUAAUGAAGUCCCAAAGACUGUUGAGAAUUUUCGCGUUUUGUGCACUGGAGAGAAAGGUUUUGGUUACAAAGGAUGCUCGUUCCAUCGUAUUAUCAAACAAUUCAUGAUUCAGGGUGGGGACUUUUUUUUUUUAAAUAGAAAAAGAUAGUUCAUAUAACUUAACAAUGUGACACAUACAAUUUCUCUCUAAUGAGAGUUUUCAACCAUACAGGAGAAUCACUUCCCCAAAACAAAGGAAUAUUAUUGUUCUUAGCUUCUUUAUACCAAACUACUGAAACUUCCUAACAUUUCCUUACAAUCCAUGAUAAUGGGGUUAUUAGUCCAUCUAACAGAUCCUAGAUUACUAUUUAUAGCCAAAACAACAUUAAGACAGUCUCCCUCCAUAUGCAACUUUUGAGAGUUAUUUCUUUUAGCCCAUUUGAUUGCCUCCCAAGAUGCAAUAGCCUCAGCAUGUUCUUCAUUUUCAGCUACUCCUAGGAUGCACCAUGCUCCAUAGAAAAUUCCUGCAUCAUCGAUAAGUAUUAGACCAGAUCCCAUAGUUUUGUUUUCUUUUUGGAAAGCUGCAUCAAAAUUAAUUUUUAUAAAAUCACAAUGCAGAGGAUUCCAUCUACUUGGUUCUCUAACUCUGCAAGCAUGUAGGUCUCCAGAUGUGUUUUUUCUUAAGUGCUCAUUCCAUUCGGAUAUAUCUUUAUUAACCAUCCUUACAAUCCCUUCUACUUGGAAUCGAGUAUUUUCAAAUACAGGGGAGCAUCUAGCUUUCCAGAUAUUCCAUAGAGUGUAUCCUGCAACAAUUUUGAAAUCAUCCUGCACAUUAAUUGAUGUAGACCAGCUUGAAAUCCAGUCCUUAAGAGAACUCCUUCCCGAUAUCCCUGCAGAAAACCUAUCAAUUGCAAUCCAUACCUACUUAGUUACCUGACAGUUUAAUAACAAAUGAUCAACUGACUCAAUGUCAUUAGUACAUAGAGGGCAAGAAGAGCUUAUACUUCGCACGAAUCUAGAAAGUCUUUCCCUGAUAGGAAGACAAUUAUGAACACACUCCCAAAGGAAGUGCAAGAUCUUCGGAGGUAAAGGAACCUUCCAAAAUUUAUCUAAGGGAAAUUCUGACGGCUAGCAAUUAGGUUAGCAUCGUGGCCUGCGCUACUAAUAGUUUCGUGUGCAGUCUUCACUGAGAAGAUAUCAUUGCUAGAGGGAGUCCAUCUUAAUGUAUCAUUUCCUUUCAUAGGAAUCCUAAUCUUACAAAUUUCAUUAACAGUCUCACAAUCAAACAAAGCGUUUAAAAUAUCUAUAUCCCAAGUAUUAGUUCCAGGUGUGAUGAGUUGAUCAACAGUCUUAUAGUGAGUAGAUCUAAACCUAGGUGACACCAAAUCAGACCUAUUAGGUAUCCAUUUACUAUCCCAUAUUGAGAUUAAUUUUCCAUCUCCCACCUUCCAACAAUAGUUCUCCUUAAUGAUUUGUAAACCCUUAUAUAUUCCUUUCCAGACCCAUGAGCCAUGCUUUGUAGCAUAAAUAAGGGGAUGGCUAUUCGGAAAAUAUUUAUGUUUUAAGAUCCUAACCCACAGAGCAUCUGGUUCACAUAACAUUCUCCAAGCAAGCUUUACAAGAAGAGCUGCAUUCAGAUCAGCCGUCUUCUUAAUGUUCAGACUCCCUAAGACUCUAGGCAAAACGACAGUAUCCCAUCCCUUAAAGACUAAACUUCUUCCAUUUUGUUUCUUAUUCCAAUUUUUUUUUUUCUAAAUAUUAUCUAGCUUAUCGGUGAGUUUUUUUGGCAUCGGAAAGACAGCUAAGUGAUGAGAAGCUAAAGAUCCUAGUACAGCUUGUGUCAUAACUGUUCUAGUUGGCUGGUUAAGGUGCUUACUUUUCCAAGUUGCUAACCUAUCAUGGAAUUUAUCCGGUAGAUGCCCAAAAGUUUCCAUUUUAUUUCUCUGGAUUAGCAGCGGGACACCAAGAUACUUGUCUUGGAGGGCUAGUCUCUUAAUCCCUAAUGUGUCUGCAAUCUGAACUUUAAUUGCGUUGUCUAGUUUAGGGUUAAAAGCUAUCCCAGACUUAUCAAAAUUAAUUGACUGUCUCGAAUACAUGUUGAAUUCUUUAAUAACAUUGUCUAAAUGUUUUGCACACUUAUAACUAGCUUUAGUGAAGAUGAGACAGUCAUCAACAAAGAAUAGAUGACUUAUUGCUGGACUGUCUCGAGUCACCUUGAUUCCCUCAAUAUCACCUAAAGACUUAGCAUUAAUAAGCCUAGAGAAAGCAUAUUAAAGACUUAGCAUUAAUAAGACUUAGCUGAAUUCUUUAAUAAGCCUAGAGAAAGCUUCCAUACAAAUAAUAAACAAAUAGGGAGACAAGGGGUCUCCCUGUCUAAGGUCUCUUGUAGGAUAAAAUAUUUCACCAGGAGACCCAUUCAAAAGCACAGACAUUGAAACUGUAGACACACAUGCGUAAAUCAUUUUACACCAAUCCUCAUGAAAACCUAGUUUUCAAAGAACAACAAUCAAGAAAUCCCACUCAAUCCUAUCAAACGCCUUGGACAUAUCUAGCUUGAAAGCCAUAAGGCCAAAAAGAAAGCCAUAAGGCCUUUCUUUUUGGCUUUACAUUUCCUCAUACUAGCAACUAAUUCAUGGGCAAUCACUAUAUUAUCAGUUAUCUGCCUAGAAGAUAGAAAAGUUGCUUGAUAAUGGCUUAUGAACUUGUCCAUUACCUUCUUAAGCCUACUAGCCAAGAGUUCACUAAUAAUUUUAUAAGACACAUUACUUAGGCUUAUAGGUCUAAAAUCAGAUGCAUGUUUGGGGCAACUAGAUUUAGGGAUUAAGGAAACAAAACUAUGAUUCAUUUGUUUAAGAAGAUGCUUCGAAUAGAAGAAAGCCUGCACUACCUUUACAGUGUCUUCGCCUACCACAUCCCACAUUUCCUGGUAAAAACCAGAUGGUACCCAUCCGGACCUGGAGAAGUCCAAGGUUGCAUUUGGAAGACAACUUGUUUAAUCUCAUCUGUAGAUGGGCUACUAAGAAGGGCAUCAUUAUCUUCAUCAGAAAUACAAGACUCAAUAUUGUCAAGCAAACUAUCAGGACUAGGAGGGUUUUUAGAACGACAUAUAUUGGAAAAGUGUCUCUUAAGCUCACUAGCAAUGCUAUCUCUGUCAGUAAUCCUCACUCCUAUCUCAGACUGAAUAGAAUCAAUCUGAGUUCUUCUCUUUCUAAACUUAACUUUAUCAUGAAGAUACUUAGUGUUUCCAUCAUCAUACGAGAGAAUAUUCUCCUUAGCCCUUUGCAUAUAAAAUUCAUGUUGCACAUCAUACCAAUAUUUAAGUUUAUCUUCAAGUUCUGUUCUACUAGGAAGAUUCUUAUCAGCAUUAUUGGUAUUCACUAUAGCUAAUUCAUCUUGAACUAGCUUCAACUGAGUUUGGAUGUUACCAAAAGUGUUUAAAUUCCAGUUCCUAAGAACAUCCUUAACAUUGUGUAGAGACCUAGUUAGUCUAAAAGCAUGUGAACCUCUAUCUUGUGAAUUCCAAUUAGCACUUACGAGUUCCUUACAAGAAUCAUUCAAGAACCAACAUUUAUUAAACUUAUAAGGUUUUCUAGUUGUGUUUUCCUCCUUAGCACUAACUAGUAAAAUAGGACAGUGGUCACUCCCAAAUGCAAGUAGAUGAUACACAAUACAGUUAGGAAAACAAUCCAACCAUCUAUCAUUACCUAGAGCUCUAUCAAUUCUUUCAAAAAUCACACUAGCAUCGUUCCUUUUAUUGGACCAAGUGAAAGUAUUCCCAGAGAAAACAAUGUCAGUCAAGUCAAGAAAAUCAAGAUGGUCGUUAACUUCAUCAAUAUGAGAUUGGGGAAACGUAUUGCCUCCUAAUUUUUCGUCUUUACUAACUACGAAAUUAAGGUCUCCCAUGAUAAGCCAAGGGCAUUUAUGUUUGCCAGACAAUGAAGACAAGAAAUCCCAUUGCCUACCGAUACCAAUAACAUCCAGAGCACCAUACAUACAAAUCAACAAAAAAAUUUCACUCCUAGCAUCAAAGUUGGCUAAGCAAACAAUAAAAUUCCUAUUGGAAUCCACAACUUCAACAGAAAUACCAUCCUUCCACAUCAAAAAUAGACAACCCGAUAAUCCAACAGGGUUCACAAGCCAAUAAUUUGGGUAGUUGUACUGGUUAGUAUACCUAAUCAUUUUUUGAGCCUUGUUUUUAGUCUCAGCAAGAAAAAUUACUAAUCAUUUUUUGAGCCUUGUUUUUAAUCUCAGCAAGAAAAAUUAUAUCAGGGUCGUUAGAUCUGACUAAAUCCCUUAAAUGAUAUCUAGUGUGUUUGUUCUCAAAGCCCUGAACAUUCUAGGCCAGAACCUUCAUCUUCUAACCCUACUAUGAUGAUGAUGUAAAGAAACCUUACCAAGAAACAAAUUAUGAUUUUUACCAGAUAUAAUAUACAGAGGUGAAAAGAACAAACAAGCAUGAGGUGGGAACUAAUUCAGUAAACUUAUAUCUAAACAAUGUUAUAAAAAUUUCUAAAUCUAAAAAAUAAAAGAAACAUGAAGCAGGAAGGUAAAACUAUUUCAAGGAGAUCUAUUAAUCCUACACAAACGUAUAAGGUAGGUGCAGAAUAAAGAUUGGGACAAUUUAGUAAACAAUUAAUAACAAAUUUUGAGGAAAAAAUUAGAAUUUUGGGGUACCUGGAUUCCCUUGGUAUUUUUUCAGUUGGAGUAGCAGAAAUAAACAAAUUGAUCUUGUGGACUAGAGGAGAGUAAUCAAAA